CUUGCCGACAGUAGAGGGGGAGAGCGAGAAAGAGAAAUGGCGCCUCGGUACUCUAGCUGAGACAGUCAUACGAGGGAACUGACAGAGCUAAGGAGAUUCAAGACGCUAGAAAAAUCAUGGUGAACACGAGAAAGAGCUCCCAGGAAAAACCAGGCAGUAAUUUCAUCUCCUGUCGGACGAGGUCGUCUCCUAGGAACAAUCCAAAGUUGGAGGAGCAGAUCCAUAAGGACACCAGCAGUGAUGUCAGAUCUGGUAGUCCCCGUUUGUCGCCCCCAUCUAAACGCGCACGCAGGCAGACACCCCAUUGCUCCAGUGACACUUCCCCCAGUCCCCAGAGCAAAGGGCAGAGAGUCACAUGGAAUAUCACCAAACACUGCACCAGGUUGUCCACUGGAGCCUUGCAAAAUGGACACAGGCGAAUGACUCUGCGGGGAGAUGACAGUACAGAUGGGGACGAUGGUCACGUAAACGGCCAUGUUGAACUAAAGAGGAGUUGUCGCUCAAGAAAGAGCCGGUUUGAGCACCUCAACCAGAGCCUUCUGUUCGACCAACUAGUCAACAGUACGGCAGAAGCAGUGCUUCAGGAAAUGGACAACAUCAGCAGCAUACGACAGAAUCGGGAAGUGGAGCGGCUACGGAUGUGGACUGACACAGAACUGGAAAACAUGGACAUGUAUUCCCGUGUGAAGAGGCGGAAAGCAAUGAGGAGGAAUACAUUUGGAAUGCAGACCCACCAUAAAGUCAUCAGCAAAUCCGAGGCACCUGAAGAGGAGGAGGGGACGGAGGAAUCACAUGAGGAGGGAGAUGAGGAUGAUGAUGGGGAGGAUGAUGAAGAUGAUGAAGGAGAUGAAGCAGAGGAAGCAGGAGAGGAGAACGACAGACCUUACAACCUCAGGCAGCGCAAAACUGUGCAGAGAUAUGAAGCACCACCCAUAGAGCCAGUGAACAGGAAACAAAGCAAGAACACACUCUUUGAUACACACAGGUCCCCUGCAAGAAGAAGCCAUAUUAGAAUAAAGAAGCAUGCCAUCCACAGUAGUGAUACAACGUCUUCAUCUGAUGAGGAGCGUUUUGAGCGGAGAAAAAGUAAAAGCAUGACACGUGCUCGGAACAGGUGUCUGCCAAUGAAUUUGCGAGCAGAGGACCUGGCCAGUGGAGUGCUUCGUGAUCGGGUGAAAGUUGGUGCUAGUUUAGCAGAUGUGGACCCUAUGAAUCUGGACACCUCUGUAAAAUUUGACAGUGUGGGGGGGCUUGCAGAUCAUAUCAAGUCUCUCAAGGAGAUGGUUGUCUUUCCUCUUCUUUAUCCUGAAGUGUUUGAGAAGUUCAAGAUCCAACCUCCAAGGGGUUGCCUGUUCUAUGGGCCUCCAGGGACAGGAAAGACUUUGGUGGCGCGGGCGCUGGCUAAUGAGUGCAGUCAGGGGGACAGGAAAGUGUCCUUCUUCAUGCGCAAGGGUGCUGACUGCCUCAGCAAGUGGGUGGGGGAGUCAGAAAGGCAGCUCCGCCUUCUCUUUGACCAGGCAUACCUCAUGAGACCUUCUAUCAUCUUUUUUGAUGAAAUUGAUGGCCUUGCACCUGUUCGUUCUAGCAGACAGGAUCAGAUCCACAGCUCCAUAGUUUCCACGUUGCUGGCUUUAAUGGAUGGUUUGGACAGUCGAGGGGAGAUAGUGGUCAUUGGUGCUACAAACAGACUUGACUCUAUCGACCCUGCACUCAGGAGGCCCGGCCGCUUUGACCGGGAAUUUCUGUUCAGCCUGCCAGACAAAAAGGCCCGAAAGCACAUUUUAAAAAUCCACACCAGGGAUUGGAGCCCAAGGCUGACAGAGCCGUUUGUGGACGAGUUGGCAGAAAAAUGUGUCGGCUACUGCGGAGCCGAUAUCAAAGCACUUUGUACAGAGGCUGCUCUGGCAGCGUUGCGGCGGCGCUAUCCUCAAAUCUACCAUAGCAGUCAGCGUUACAAGCUGGACGUGGGAUCCAUCGAGCUUGGGCCGCAGGACUUCAGCCGCGCCUUGCGCUCCAUUGUUCCUGCAGCUCAAAGAGCCCUAGCCCCACCGGGACAAGCGCUGUCCUGCACAUUGCAGCCUCUGCUGGAGCGAUCACUGGCCCAUGCACUCGACUGUCUGCUUCGUGUCUUCCCCCAUGCAGAGCUCCCACACAGGGAACACACAUACGACACUGACAAUCAGCUGCUUGAGGAGGACUCUUACAGCGAGGGUGAGGACGGGGCUGGUGCUCAGUCCAUUUACGAUGCUAUGCCAGGAUCCCCAAAGAAAAUGGACUCCUCCACCACGCACAAACCCUUCCUUCAUUUUACCACCAGGUCUGCCUACCAGCAGCCCACCUCGUACCGGCCACGGCUGCUUUUAACAGGGCCUCAGGGUUCAGGCCAGAGCACACACCUGGCUCCUGCCCUGCUGCAUCACCUUGACAAGUUCACUGUGCACCGCCUCGACCUGCCCACCCUCUACUCAGUCAGUGCCAAGACCCCAGAGGAGUCCUGCGCUCAGGUGUUUCGGGAAGCGCGGCGGAGCGUGCCCAGUGUAAUCUACAUGCCCCACAUCAGUGACUGGUGGGAAGCCAUCAGUGAAACAGUGAAGAGCACCUUCCUCACGCUUCUGCUGGACGUUCCCUCCUUCACACCAAUCCUCAUCCUUGCCACGGCAGAGAGCAUCUACCAGCAGCUCCCUGAGGAGGUAAAAUGCAUCUUCAGUCGCUCAUAUGGAGAGGUGGUUUGUCUAAGAACGCCAGGAGAAGAGGACCGCACAAAGUUCUUCAGUGACCUCAUACUGGUGCAGGCAGCCAGGCCACCACCACGGCAGAGGAAAAAAGUGUGUGAUUAUGAGGUGCUGCCUCUGGCGGAUGAUCCUGGCCCUCGGCAACUCUCUCCAGAAGAACAAAGGCGACUUGAGGAGCAGGAGGAGAACACCCUGCGAGAACUCCGUCUCUUUCUCAGGGAUGUCACCAAGCGGCUGGCCACAGACAAGCGCUUCCAGAUUUUCAGCAAGCCUGUGGACAUUGAGGAGGUAUCAGAUUAUCUUGAGGUCAUCAGAGAGCCUAUGGACUUGUCCACUAUCAUGAUGAAGAUUGACACUCACAAGUACACAACUGCCAAGGAUUUUUUAAUGGACGUUGACCUCAUCUGCAGUAAUGCAUUGGAGUACAAUCCAGACAAGGAUCCAGGAGAUAAGAUUAUUCGGCACAGAGCCUGCAGUCUAAAGGACACAGCCCAUGCAAUGAUUGCCUCUGAGCUGGACCCCGAGUUUGACCGCAUGUGUGAAGAGAUCAAAGAGUCCCGCAGGAAAAGAGGAAUUCAGACCCCGCUUCAGCAGGCACCUGCUCCAGCUGCUGCGGCAGGCAAGAGGCCUACAGGAGAAGAGGCCACUGGGAACACCUCUCAGGUCGAUGGAGUGGAGAAGCAUUGCAGCAAUAGCGUGAAGCGCAAGAACAGGCGCAGACCGAUUUGGGAGCGUGGAAUCAUUAGGAAAAAGAAGAGCAGCAAGAAGGAGGAGGCAGAAGAAGAAGAGGAACCUGACGAAGAGGAAGGAGCUGAAGACUCUGCUGGUGCUGGCCAGGGUGAGGCCAGUCUCAUUCAGGAUGAGUCCUCCAGUGACACCAUGGAACCCCAGCCUGAUAAACAGCUUCCCCAGCCCAACGGAUAUGCCCUGUCCACUGAAGAGGAGAGCUCCAACGAACCUAUUGUAACUCAAGAUCCAGGGGACUUCGAUAAGGUUAAGACAGCUACCUCUAAUGAAGCUCCUCAUGGAGAGGAGAAAGAGGCAUCUGUGGUCUCUGCCCCUCAGGACUGUGUUAAUGGAGAUGAGUCACUGGACAGCAUAGACAGUGAGGCCCAUGAGAAGGAAUUGGAGAAAGGUGGAAAGGAGGUGAUAUCUCCUCUUAAAGGUAAUGCACAAGAUGGAAUUGGUGAUGCAGUCCAAGAAUGCAAGACAAAUGAGUGCAUGUCAGCAGCAGAAGGAGCAGCUAGUGAUGGAGAUCACGACAGAGAAGGCACCUCUAAGGGGAAGAAGUGCCGAAAGCAGCAGAAGGAGGUGGUGGGAGAAAGGCCAGAAGAACCUCCGCAGCCCCCUCCUCCACCUGCUUUAGUCGUUGACCAUCAGCGGCUCAAGGCCCUACUGGAUCAGAUAGUCAUGAAGAGUGAGGGCUACAGUGUGGAUCAGUUGGAAAGGCUCUACUCUUUGCUCAGCCAGUGCAUCUAUCAGCACCGCAGGGAUUACGACAAGACCCACUUGAUUGAGGAGAUGGAGAGACAAAUUCAGCAUUUCAAAACAUUCCUGUGAUGAAUCGAGGGCUUUCAGCAGUGAUCGUAAUCGGAGACUCCUGUGAUACAUGAGGGAGACCAACCUAUUGAACAAAGCCCUUACAGUGGAGCCAAGCAGGUUGGGUGUUUUUACGAGAAGAGGGGAAAGGAGGAGGUAAAGGAGACUUUUACAAAGACUUACAGUGGCAACCUUGGUGCUAUUGUCUCAGGUAUCUGGACAGAACCAGUCUACAGAACCAAACACAACUCAAGACUCAUGUAGUUUUCAGUUUUUACAAACAUAUAUGCCAAUUUCUAAUGGGCGUUUUGGUGCUAUUGGGUGCUAUUGUUUAUCCAUUUGCUGCUCCUUUCCUUAAAAAAUCGAGAAAAGAAACAGAAAAAGACAAAAUAUUAAAAAGGAAAAAAGAUUUUGUGUGAUGUCACUUAAAAAAAAAAAAAAACAACUAAAAAAGAAACCUCAGCCUUCUUUGUCAGGAAGAGACCACACAGCAGCUCACAGGCACAGAUUCUCACCAGCAGUGGCAAAACAUGUGAAUGAGGUAUGAUGCCAAGAGAGCCAGUUUGCUAUUUACUGUGGAAACAAACUGCAUCACUCACCUUCUAUGCCCACUAUUUGAUGCAUUCUUGUGUCCCCUGUGAUAUUUCAACCAGUAGGCAUUUAAGUAGAAGCACUGCGGAGCCACAGUGAUGAUCCUGCCGAAAAGAACAGCGUUUCUAACGAUUUUUGUGAUCCCAUGGGAUUGUAAAAAUUUUCUACCUGAUUCCACUUUUUUGAGAUUUCAGUAUCUCUGUACUGUAAACCCUUUCACUCCCACACUAAAAAAAAGUGUCAUCCCAUUCUGGAAAAAAAAUAGAUGACUUUUAAUGAUAUAAACCGAUAGAUAUCAUAUUCAAAUGAAAUUAUAGUACCAAAAUAACAUAAUAAUGUUAUUUUCUUGUUGUUUAACCUUAGUUUAGACUGUUUGUUGGUUUGCUUCCUUAUGGAAUAACUGGAUUCAGAACUAGCUACAGUAUCUGGAGGCUGCCGCUGCUUGCCAUGUCUUUGUCACCCCUUAAAAGGAUUCUCAUUGGUUGAUAGAAGGCUGAGAUUAUGGAGCUUGCAUCUUGUGAACAGCUUAAAACAGAAGAGGACAUAUUCUUGUACAAGACAACCUCUUCCUGCCUGAUGAGCAUUUACAUAAAGGGAUCAUCAUGGCUACGGUGAUGUUUCUUCUCUUAUGGGAAAGGAUGACUAGCGUGUCUUGUAAUCGGACACUCUGCCAGUCCCUUUCACUCGGAUUAUUCAACAUUAUCACAGUGCUAAUUUGUGUUCUCUCAAUUGCUUUUCCACUCACGCCCACAUCCAUAUCCAUAUCUUUUUAAUCCCCGAGGAGAAGUUUUCUGUAGCCAGGUGGUUUUGCCAUAAUUCUGUUCUAUGUUGCAAUAUUUUUUUAUACAUCAUUUAACAUUUUUACUUACCUCUCAGUUUUUGAAAUAAAACAUUGCAACGAUCAUUUGCAUUACUUAUGAAACGUAUGAUGAACAAGGCAGUUCCGGCCAGUGCCAGGUUGUUCAUUAUAUGGAGCAUUAUUAUUUUUGUGUUUUGUUUAUUUUUUAUAUAUAUAUAUAUUUUGGGGGUACAUCAUCUUUUGCCAUUUUGAUUUUAACUCUCUUUUCUGCCUAUAGUUUUGUUCUGCUGACUGAAAUUGUGUUCAAAUCUUUGGUAGCUACUUAUUCUUUCAGUGACUAGGUUUUAGUUCAGUUUCAGCCUAGUGUAGUAGCUUAAUACCUUAAGUCCCUUUUCUUAAAUGCUUCUUUGAUCUGCUUCUUUCUCCAGUUUGUAGAAAGACUUAUCCUAUGUAAAGACUCAUCUCAUCUUUAUUUCGUCUUUAAAGCUGAGUACAGUUAAAAAAAAAAAAAAAAAAAACAACUUUAAAACAUGCAAAAAAAAGAGGAAUUAGCUCUGGACUACUGCAGUGAAAUAAAGAGCCAUGGCUACCUCAGUUAAGUUAUUUUGAUGCUGAUAAUACAACACGUUUACUGAAUACAUAACAGUAUUUGUCAACAUCUGUAACAUCUCUGCACCCUUCUUCAUUCAAGCCCAGGUGCUGAGUGUGGCCUGUGGCUGAUGCAGUAAUCCAUGCUUUUGUUUGGUUUUGGUUUGUUUUUGUUUUGCAAUUGAGCCGAUACAGAUACAGCAUGUUAAUGUUAGUGACAUUUUUGUAUUGUACAUUUCUGUUUUGCUUUCCUCCUUUCUUUUUCUUUCUCUUCUGUUGCAAACAUAAGCAUCCCUUGAUUUUGGGUUUUUAUUUUGUUGGACUGUUGGGCAGGCCUUGGCGAUAGCAGCCAUAAUGUUUGUCCAUCUCACUACAGUUUCCCUCUUUUCACUCCUGCAUAAUCACAGAAUUCUCCCUUUUUCCAGCUCAAGACAUUUAUUUAUUAACAAUUAUUCUGUUUUCAGCUAUUCUUUUGUAUACAGCUGGUUAAAAGGAGACAAAUUGGAAAUUUGUUACACAGCUUGUGAAGUUUGAGCUGAGUCAUGAUGUAGCACAUUUUUGUAGCAGGUUUGUGGAGUGGAGUAAGUGGAGGUUUACUGGUCUCAGGUCUCUGCUACAUUAAUGACCUAUUUAUUCCAUUAUGAUGGUGGUGGUGCUUUUGGGGGUUUGUGGUAGAAAAAAUGCCGUACGGGACGAGUCUGAAAUAAGAAUCUAAUGUGACGAGUAUUCGGUCAUUCCAUGCCCCCCUUUGUAGACAGAGAACAUUACAGGCCUGGUUGGUGUGAUGCUGUAGUUACUACUGUGAUGUUGACCACUGGUUCUGAAAUUCUGACCUGUUUGUAAAUUUAUCUCAUAAAUUCUGUGUCUAAGGAUUUUGUGACUCAUGUUUGUCAGAAUUUGUGCAUCUUUUAAAACACCUGCUGUAGUACAGCAUGGUCAAAUGCCUGAUUCUAAACUUUGGCCAUUGUGUAUCGAAUUAAGGAUAUAGCUACUUCUAAAAUAAUCAUAUUAAUUUGAUGAUCUGGUCAUGACAGAGUCAAACUCCUCACAUCCUUUUAGUUGAUGUGGAGUGUGUUCAAUAUCUCUGUUUGGUUUUAUGAAUGAUAAUUGCAGAAAACCUGUGACAGUGUAUGAAUUGAGUUUACAGUUCCAGUCAGCAACUGUCAAAACACUCCAUCCUGGAGCUAGCGCUGAAUGGCACCCUCACAUUAGCACCGGUUUAGUACCUGAGGCAUCUGGACGUCCUUCUGGACAUUUUUAUGGGUUUCUAGUAGGGGUUGUUGUUCAAAAGUCUACAUUGUUGCUGGACCAAAAACUGGCCUGUCUACUAUACUCCUGCCUGAGUGGGGCUUUAAAUUAGUAUUACUGAAUAAACCCAAACAGAAGAAAUACAGCAUCCAUCCUCCAUGAACACAUAAGGCAAGGCAUGUUACACACAGAGCAUUUAGCGUCAUGCGUCUUAAGAUUUCUCCAUUAUAUCUGUCUUCACAGAUUAGAAGUCAAAGUGGUUAAACAUCCAGUCAACAGGCUCAGGAGGUUAGUCUGGUAUGCAGAUCCUUUUUUUUUUUUUUCCUUUUCACUGAUGAAUUAAUUGCAACUAAUCUGUAGUCUAGUCUUUAUUUAUUGAUCACAUAUGUUUUCGGGGAUAUUUCUGUUAUUGCCAGGGUCUUUACCCAGUUUUAUCUUGCGACGCAAAGUUGGAACAUGGUUAAUAUCCUGCCCCUUUCUCAAGCGUUUAGUGAAAGUCCUGUUUGAAAUGAAACAUUUACUGUAAUUUCUCAAAUAAACUGCUGUGAUUAUACUUGAAUAAAAGGUUCAAAUUGUAUUCUUUGUUAAA